AUGAGCUGCUUCCCGUGCUCGGGGUCCUCGGGGAAGGCCGGGGAGGACGCGGCGGCGCUCUCGCCGUCGCCCCGGCCGUCGGCGGCGAAGCCGGCGCCAGGUAACGCCCAUCGAUACAAUUCUCGUAGUUCAAGCUCUGUUCGCAGAGGAGGAAGUGCUCCACAUGGCCCGGCAAAGAUUUUCACUUUCCGAGAGCUAGCUAUUGCUACCAAGAAUUUCAGAAAAGAUUGUUUGUUGGGUGAAGGUGGUUUUGGUCGUGUCUAUAAAGGACACAUGGAGAAUGGACAGCAGGUUAUUGCUGUGAAGCAACUCGACAGAAACGGUUUCCAAGGAAAUCGUGAAUUUCUUGUGGAGGUUCUCAUGCUAAGCCUCUUGCACCAUCCCAAUCUUGUCAGAUUAAUUGGCUAUUGCGCAGAUGGUGAUCAGCGCCUCCUCGUUUAUGAGUAUAUGUUAUUGGGAUCGUUAGAAAAUCAUCUGCAUGACCGCCCACCAGACAGGGAGCCCCUUGAUUGGAAUGCAAGGAUGAGGAUAGCUGUCGGUGCAGCGAAAGGUUUGGAGUACCUGCAUGAUAAGGCAAAUCCACCGGUCAUAUAUAGAGAUUUCAAACCAUCAAAUAUUCUUCUGAGCGAAGAUUAUUACCCGAAGCUGUCUGACUUUGGGCUUGCUAAACUUGGCCCUGUUGGUGAAAACACUCAUGUAUCAACAAGAGUUAUGGGAACGUAUGGCUAUUGCGCUCCUGAAUAUGCGAUGACAGGGCAGUUGACAGUAAAGUCUGAUGUUUACAGUUUUGGUGUUGUGUUCCUUGAACUUGUUACAGGUCGGAGAGCCAUUGAUCACACCAAGCCUGAUGGGGAGUCAAAUCUUGUUGCAUGGGCUCGCCCGAUGUUCAGAGACCGUCGAAAGUUCUGCCAGAUGGCCGACCCGUUGCUGCAAGGCCGGUAUCCCAAGAGGGGUUUGUACCAGGCUUUAGCCGUUGCAGCAAUGUGUUUGCAGGAGAAAGCGGCGUCCCGGCCCCUCAUAGGGGACAUUGUCACUGCACUUUCUUAUCUAGCUUCCCAACAUUAUGAUCCGAAAAGCUGUAGGACCUGCCCGUCUACCCCAAGGGCGAAAGCACACCGACGGACAACCAGUUGUGUUCCUGAUGCUCAACGUGCAGCUGACACGCUUAACUGGGACGCCGUGGACUUGAGGAGAAAGGAGGCUAGAGGAGGGGAGUUUGAAGAGGAUCUCAGUGAAGGCUGCUGCAGUGGCAGUAGCUCUGGGAGGAAUGAUGGCCUGGAUGUGCCAGUACUGCUUGCCUUGCACAGUGGGAAGUCUUACAGUGAAGCUGAUAGAGAUCGCAAGUCUGCUGUCAAGGUCGAUGCCCACGAGAAACUGAGAGCAGACCCUGGCAAAUAUAGCAGGCAGGUUUGA